AUGACUUUGUUUGUUAAUCACACCAGGAUUGGUGUGAUACCAUGUCAAAAAGAUGAUCCCCGUGUUAUUGCUGAAGAGGCUCGAGAAAAAGCUGAAGGAUUUCCCAAAUGCGAGUGCUCGAACUGUAAUCCAGAAGCUGCUGCGAUGUUGGUUCACAACCUACCUAAAUUGACCAAGUUGAAUUAUAUGGAUGCGAUGACUAACGUCUCGGAAGUUGAAGGCUUUUUCAAACCGAACAAAGACGAGAGUGAGCAGGCUGGUGUUGGAAAUGGUCAAGGUAUUAGCAAUAAGAAAGGCUGGAGGAAGCGGUGUGGGCCUUUAGACCCAGCUUUAGAGGAGCUUGCGGAUGAGUUGGUAUUCAUGUUUGAGCUACAUUGCAAUGAAUUGUUUGGGGACGAUGGUUAUUGUGAAAGCGAAGACUACUUUGGACUGGAACGAGCAACCAAGAUUGUAGAAAUCAUUGAAGAUGUGAAAUGUUCCGAAGACAUUGAGGACGCUAUGGGAGGCGAUAUCAUUGAGGGUGGUGUGGAUGUUGUGUUUGAUUACAUCAACGAAUGGCGGACUCGAGAUACAGGAAUAGAAUUCUUGAGAAAGAGGGAAAUCAUUCGAGAAAAAAAGAAACAAGAUGAAGAUAAAACCCUGAAAGAGAAAAACACAAUUAACAUCAUUCCAAAAGUCAUUGCAAGUUUUCCUCUCCAAAAGAAACAAAGACGGACAUCAGAGCAGGUCAAGGCUGAUAAGGAGGCUGCAACCCAUCGCAGAGAAUACAAUCAGCGUUGUAUAAAUUGGAUGAAGUUCGACCAUGUGCCAUCAAACAAGCUGGAUGCAAAAGAACGAGCUUACCAAGAGAAGUAA